AAAAUAAUAAAAAAGGCUCCGUUUCAAUUCUUUUUUUUUUUUUUUUGUUAUACAUCUUUUUCAUUUUUUUUUUGUAAUUAUUAUUUUAAAAUGUCGAGACAGUUUGGAAAUAGAACUAGUGUAAGAACUUAUCAAAAUUUGCAUAACCGAUCCGCUCUUUUGGGUGAUGCACGACCCGAUGAUGAACGUCCUAAUUAUUUUGCACAAGACUCACAACAACAACAACAACAACAACAGUCAGUAAAAGUUAACAUGAACGAUAGAGACUUAGAUUACUUGGAAAGUCAAAACGAUGAUGAGAUUUCUGGAUUGUCUGCUAAAGUCAAGAUAUUAAAAAGUAUUACCGGUAAAAUUGGAGAGGAAAUUCGUCAUGGCAAUAGUUUUAUUGAUACAAUGAAUGAUCAGUUUUCAAAUACGGGGUCAGUUUUGGGUAAAACAAUGAACAAUUUCAAGAUUAUGGCUUCCAAGGAGUCAGGUACCAUGUGGUGGUGCUUGACUUUGUUUAUUGUAUUCAUCAUCUUUUUCUUUUAUUAUCAUUUCAAAUAAAAUUAAUAUUAAUACAAAAAAUCAUGGUUUUUUUUUUUUUUU